AUCUCUUUUGCCUUCAUUUUCCCAACACAAACAGAAGAGGGCAAGAGAAGACGAUGUGAGAGGAAAGGAAGGAAGGAAGCCAAAACCUCUACAGUAAUUAUAAAACCCCCCUUUUCUUUUUUCUUUCCUCCGAGAGCAAGUAGAAGUAGUGAGUAGAGCUAUGCCAAUUAUCCCAACCCACUGCUGCAUCAAUUUCAAUUCAAACCCUACAAUUUCCUUCUCCUCUCUUUUGAUUUCAAAACACUCCUCUGCCUCUCAUUCUCUCCAAAAACCACAUUCUCUCUCCAACUCAUUCCACACUUUGAGUUUUCUUGGCAAAGCAAAUCAACACUUCAAUCCUAAUCAAUUUCCUUCCAUCACCACAACACCACGUCGCCGCAGCAGCAGCUUUUGUAUUAGGGCUCUCAAUUCCGCUAAUGAUUACUACUCCACUCUUAAUCUCAGUAGAAACGCAACAUUGCAGGAAAUCAAGGCCUCUUACCGCAAACUUGCUCGCAAGUAUCAUCCGGAUAUGAACAAGGUUCCUGGGGCUGAAGAAAAGUUCAAAGAGAUAAGUGCUGCAUAUGAGGUUCUAUCAGAUGAUGAAAAGAGAUCUUUAUAUGAUCGCUUUGGUGAGGCAGGUUUACGAGGGGAAUAUGAUGUAUCAGACGGUGGUUCACAGGGGGUGGACCCUUUUGAAAUUUUCGGAGCAUUUUUUGGCGAGAGAAAUGGAUUUUUUGGAGGAAGUGGUGAACCAGGGGGUGUUAACUUCAAUAUGAGAAAUAAGGGCAGCCAGAUUCUUGACGUUCGAUAUGACAUGCAUUUGAGCUUUGAAGAAUCAAUUUUUGGAGGACAGCGGGACUUUGAAGUUUCUUGUUUCGAGAAAUGUGAUAGUUGCAGUGGAACAGGCGCCCGAUCUAGCAGUUCCAUCAAAUUGUGUAAUGACUGUGGAGGUAGAGGAGGAGUAAUGAAAACUCAUAAUACACCUUUUGGAAUAAUGUCUCAGGUAUCUACUUGCUCAAAAUGUGGUGGUGAUGGCAAGAUAAUUACUGAUCAUUGCCGAAGAUGUGGUGGCCUUGGUACAGUACGGUCAACGCGAAAUAUAAAAGUGGUCAUCCCACCUGGCGUGAAUGAUGGAAGCACGAUGCAAGUUCGAGGAGAAGGGAACUUUGACAAGGAAAGGGGCAUAGCUGGUGAUCUCUUUUUAGUCCUCCAUAUUGACGAAAAACAUGGGAUUUGGAGGGAUGGUCUGAAUCUAUAUUCAAAGAUCAAUGUUGAUUAUACCGAUGCAAUACUAGGGACUGAUGUUAAGGUGGAAACUGUCGAGGGUUUGAGAGAUCUUCAGAUUCCUUCUGGAAUUCAACCUGGAGAAACUGUAAAAAUGUUUUACAUGGGGGUUCCAGAAAUCAAUAAACCAUCCGUUCGAGGUGAUCAUCACUUUAUCGUCAAUGUUAAGAUCCCAAAAGAUAUGAGUGACGCAGAACGCACACUAGUUGAAAAGUUGGCUUCACUCAGGGCAUCACAGAAAGACCAUUCAGUUCCGUCCACUGGGACAUCUAAAGGUGACUUUGGUGAGCAGGAGAUAAGAAAUGCUUCAAGCCAUUGGAGCAAACAUGUUGCAUCUUUGUGGAAUCCAAUCAAGGAUUUCUUGGGAGGAACGCAAUCUGGAAAGAGAUUCGCAUCGGUUAGCAUGGAGACGCCGAUGCUGUGUAGAUGUAGCAGACCACAUUCCACAUUUGUGAUUUCUGUUUCUACUAUUUUCAUUAUAACAUGUAUAUUUACCUUCCUGCGUAACACUACUAGAUCCUGCACAUUACUGCAACAUAAUCAACAGAUAGAACAUGACCCUCGUUCCCGUAAAACAAUUUAGAAAAUGACGUUAGCGGCUUUAGCAUGUCGUUCCCUGCCUGCUAUAGAGAUACUGGGAAUGGAUGUGUAUCAUCAGUUUUGUCUGCAUCCUUCCUUUCAAGAUCAGAAAAGAAUAUAAUAGUUUUUGUAGGACUAAAAUUUUAUGUGAUUAUUUGAAAGAUUGUUUCACAUGUAUUUUGCUCUUUGAAAGUUUCAUGACCUUGAGAUUAAGACAAAUAGGAGACCUUAUAUGACACUGGAAAGAUUGCUGUAAUAACUAUACCAUUUAACUGUUUAUAGGCAUCAGUUUGUAGUUUGAAAGGCCAUACAGUUAUAGCAUUGAUUGUAAUGUAUGUCGUUGUACUUGAAUUUGUAGCAUUGAUUGUUUGAACUGAUAACGGUUACAGGUUGGGGAUGUAAUAUGUUGAUGGCACACUUAACUCAUAAUAUUAAUACACAAGGAGCACUGGAGCAGAACAUUUAGGCCGUGUAUGUUUCUAAAAUAUUUUUUUUUGGAAAAGAUUUUUCUAUUUUUAGGUAAAAUAAACUGAGUAUUUUUUAUUUUUAAUUGUUCGGUGUUUGGCAAAAGUUUAGGUCAACAAUCAAACACUGAAUUUUUUUUUCGUAAGUAUUUUGUGACAAUCAAACACUCGCAAAUAAAAAAAUAUUUAUUGAAAAUUAUUUUACAUCAAAACAAACAUAGCCAACAUUUAGACCUGCUCAAAAAAAAAAAAAAAAAAAAAAAAAAAAAAAAAAAAAAAAAACUGGUAUUUUUCUACAAGUGCCCUUUGAACCUUAUAUUAGCAUUUCUUUAUACAGAAAAGAACAUUAUUUCUUUGAAGUAAGAUUAGAGGAAAUAAUUAGUGGUGGUUGCUGGUUAGUAAUCAAGCAACGCUCUAGAAUUGAACAGGAAUAGCUACUGCUUCUCUCUCUCUCUCUCUCUCUCUGUGUUUAUAUGUAUGUCUAUUUUACAUGUAUCAGAUAUAUAUAUGAAAUUUGCAUAGAAUGUAAAAGGCAAAGAAGACCGGGCAAAAUUAAUAUGGAAUGAAAUAAUUAAAACUAAUCUUUAAAAAAUUAUUUUAGAAAGAAUGUCUGUGUUUUUAUUCAUAUGGAAUUAAGGU